AAAUCUGGAUUUUCUACCAUGAAUUGUUAAUUUACUCUUGCAAAGGCUUUGUAGCGCGCCCAUCCGAGCUUUUAAUUAAUUUUCGAAGUUUUUAUAAUACUGGGAUCAUGCAAUAUCACACAGGAUUGGACCAGUUAAUUAGGAUUACGUAUUAUGUAUGUUUUAACCGGAGAGACCAUAGCAGUUUCGUUUUUUAACCUUCGAUCUUUAUUUGCUGUUAAAAUGCCACUGUCACAGCAAGACUGGUUAAUUAUGUGUGAAAAUUAUGUGACAAUUGUGUUGAGUCUGAAUUAUGAUAUUUAUUACUUCAUAGUUUGUGAGGCAUCGCAGUUCGGUUAAAUGUGACCACGUGGCUUAAUGUGCUUCCAGCGGCAGCGACAUUAUUGGACCCUACCGGUAGCGCACAUCCAACGUCUUGUACACCGCUAAACUGCUGAACGUUAACAAGUUGUUCAAUACACUGCAUAAGUGGAGAUCACUCACUCCGGGUUUGUCUUAAAUUGUGGAGGUGUGCAAUAAAGACUGUAUGAAAACUCCCUUUCAUGAUCAUCCUCCCAUGACCAUAACCUUGAAAAAUUUCCGGAUUGCUCGAACUCCGCCAUGAAUACAAUGGAUCACGCGUCAGGAAACGUUUGUAUGCAGAUAUGCACUUGGCAGAUUCGAAAUGUACAGCACAUCACCGGCGUCUUAUAAAGCAAGUCCGCCCUUGGCAAAAGUGCCAGUUAAUUGUCGAUCAUCAUCAACUCGCAUCGGCGGGUGUUGGACAGCUUAACCUUUCUCUGGAGGGUCAGUCGAUAAUAAUUUUCACCAGCAAAGGAAGAUUUAGGCUUUUAAAGGGUACACGGUGCCUCAUUUUUACAAAGCUGGUGAUUACGCUAUUGAAUCUGGCUUUACAAUGAAUAUAUUGUGGAAUUUUUUGAAAGAUACGCGGGUUUUGUUGGCUCUUUCCAUCGUGGAGGUCAUUCUAGCAGUAGCAGGAUUUGGCGCGAAUUACUACAACCUCUUUUAUGGGGUGCUGUGGACGGACGCCAUGUUUCCUAUCUUGCAGUUUCUGGGGUUCAUCAUGUCCAUUCCCGUGUACGGUUUUCAGUUGGGGAACGGCAUCUAUCUCAUCGUGUAUUGUACCCGUGUCUUGUGCGGCCACCGAGACCCGGCACGCUUCGGUAGUUAUCUCGCUGCGGAACGGAACAGGGGGGUGUGCGGAUGCUGUGCAGUUUUCCUGGCACUGGUGCUCCUUGCUGGACCCAUGGAGUUUGCGUUUCAUGCCGACCCGUUCGUCCGGUCACUGGGCGUGUGGGGCGCAGCCUCCUACACGUUCCAGGCGGAGUUUCCCGGACAGUUGGUCAUGCUGGGGUGGAUUGUGGUACACGCUGUCGCUUUCGUCGUGGCAGUGCUUAUUGCCUGGGGUAGCGCUAAUGUUUACCAGGAGCUGAAAGGCGAGACAAAUUCUUUGGACCACUCGGGAUCCCAGAAUUCAGCACCGCCACUAUACAAGAAAAUUAACAGCGAUCCCAUUCCAGAUGCUUGCUCUACGGAAUGUCUGUUGUCCAACGCAGUCGCUUCCUAAAAGCAUGGAUUGGCGUUGAAUGCGCAGUCAACUACGCCGAAGGUUUAUUGAAAACUUUUAUUUGUGUGUUAUAACGCUGCCCUGUCCAGUUAUCCUUUGGAAAUAGUAUAGUACAACAAAAUACAUUUUUAUACUUCGCACUUGCAUUAUUUAUUUC